CAUUGAUGAUAUAUAUAGUGAUGUUAAAGAGACCCAGAAAGUCACCGAUCGACUGUUCCUGAAUGGUAUGGACACUACUGGCCCAUUGUUAUCAUCACCAGCACCGGGAUCGGCACCGGGACCGAUACCGAUAGUGUCCCUAUCAGCGGCACUACCGCCACCACCGCCAGUGCCGCCACCGCCGCCCGGAUGUCACGGUAGUGUACAGUUGCCUCAUUGGCGAUCGGAGCCAUUGCCGGCCCAUUUGGCCACCAGUAGUAAGGAGCAGAUUGAACGGGAUCAGUAUGAGCACCUGCCCGAUAAAUUGUUGAACACCAUGAAUAAGGAUAAAAAACCGUUUACCUAUACGCCCAGUGGAGUGUCCGGGACCGAAAAAGGAAAGUUAGACUUAAGCAGUAUUAGGUCGCCAAAGAUGAAGAAGCGAUUGCUGGCAAAUCUGGCCGACGAUGAGGAGGAAGGGGAGGCGGAGGAAGAGGACGGAUCGGAUGCAAUGUCCGAUAAUAAUACUAAUAAUAACUACUCGGAAAGAGUUAGCCGAUCGGUGACACCGGAUGUCCUAAAGUCCAAACAACAGCGGCAACAGUUGAAGGCAACACAACAAUAUGAUACCAACAAUAACUAUCACCACCACCACCAACAACAACAACGAUCACUGACACCUGAUAUACCGUCAUCGAUAAGAGGCCAAACCAAUGGCCACCAAUCGAUGACAAACGGUGGACAUCCGGCCGCAGAUUUUCCCGAAAUGCAACGUCAGUUGAACAAAGAUUUUGAUGCCUACAUCCAGAAGCAGAUGAAAGAAAUUGAGACAUCGAUGAUGAAAACCAAAGAAGGAAACACUAAUAAUAACGUUAUGGAUGUCAAUGGUCUGGAACCGGAAGUACAGGAGCUGUUGGAUAGCUAUGGUAGUGGUAGUAGUCGUCGACAAAAUCAGAUACCGAUUCCCACCACAGAGGCUACCGAACCCCGACAAUUGGACAUAAAUAGUAGUAAUAAUAAUUAUAAUAUUUAUAGGGGUAUUACUACUAGUAAUGGAUUUGGUGUCGGCGCCGACAAUAAUACUACCAGUGCUGGUCAUAAUCCCAGACCAGUGACUGUUGAACAUUACAAUACAUCCAAUACUACUACUAAUAAUAAUAGUUAUAAUAAAUUAAAUAAUAAUAAUAAUAAUAAUUACUAUGAAAAUGAUAGACAACGAGGAGAUAAUGGAAAUAAUGAGCUACUCAAGCAUGUACUGGACGGUGGCCUACAAGAGGAAAUUGAAAAGUUUGAACAAAUAUCACUGGAAACACAAAAAUCGUUUUCAUCAACAAAUCCGUCGGUAUAUUCACCGCUGUUGAGGCCGACUACUAACCAGCCGUCGGCGGCUGUUUGGAGUCCGUACGCCUCAUCAGCCAGUAGUCAUCAUCGGUCAUCAGCCGAUGCUGAUGACGACGACAACACCGAUGGCUAUACAACAAUCACAUCGACGUCGACGGCGACGACAAUGAGGACAACUAAUCGAUCGCAAAAUCCAAGUCAUGGCCAACGACAACAGCAGCAGCCGUACGGCUCGCUGGACAGAAACGGCGGCUUUCGUAGUCCACAGCCAUAUCAUACUAGUAGUUCGCAGGACAACUAUUGGUCGACUGGUGACAACAACAAUAGUCCCGGUGCUGCUGCAGUUGGUGGUGGUGGUGGUCGACCGCAACGGACAGGCGGCUACAGGUCGGCAUCGGUUGAGCCAACAUAUCGGAGACCGGGUGGCGGUGUUGGAGGAGUCGACAUUCCAUUCAAUAGGAACCGGACUAUCUAUGAUGUUCCCAACUACAAUGCCCGACCCAAACCGUUUUAUCUGUGCUCACCGCCGCCAACACCGAUAGCCUCACCGCCGCCACCACCGCCUCCUAAACAGUUUAUGUCGUCGUCAUCGGGGUCGCCAUCGCCUCAAAAUGAUAAUCAACAACAACAACAACAAUUGUUUACAACAUUUGGCAAAAAUGUUUGGCAACAAAAAAUCAAUUAUAACAAUAAUGAUGAUUACUAUAAUCAAGCAAACGAUACACAAACUGCACCGAAAACCCAAUACAUGGACGGUAUGUACUCACAGAUAACCCCACCGUCACAGACUGCCGGUGCUGGUGAUGAACUAUCGGCAGCGGCGGCACCGGUACACCAGAAACCGGUCGACCGUAGCAUAACAUUUGCCGACCGUAUAGUAACAUCACCGGAACGAUCGUCAGCUAUCAAGUCACCCGAACCACCGAAACCGAUAUUGAAGAAAAAAUUGCCGCCCAGUCAGCGCCCGCCCGAGCCUACACCGUCAAAGUUUAUGGGCUCAGGUAUACCCAGCCGAUCAUUUAGGGUACUCCAGCUGAUGACCGGUGAAGAUAUUGAUAACGAGUAUAUUAAAGACAAUGAUGAUACCUAUGAAAUCAAAUAUAGGCUAAAAACAGGUAGCACUGGUGGCACCGGUAGUAGUAGUGGUAGUAGUGGUAAUAGUGGAGGUACAGGUGCUACUGGUUAUGAUAGUUGCAAACAAUCUAAUACUACUAAAACAUCGUCAGGUUAUUCAAACUAUGAGGACUUUGGGACUGAUUUUUAAAAUCUAAUUAUUAUUAUUAUAAUUAUUAUAAUUAUAAUUAUUUUAUUUUUCUUUG